GUCAUCUUCUAUGAAUGGCCUGACAGUGACAAAUUAAACUCAACGCCUCUGCUUUUCUUCCGCCUUCCUCCUGAUCUCAAUGUUCUUCCUACUUUUAUAACUUCGUUUUCUUCUGCAAGUUUCCAAAGAGUAUUCACGUGGGUUUCACUAAAUAUCUUCAGCAAUACGUGAGACAGCGAAAGAGAGAGGCAAAGAAGCUCAAGAAACAAAGAAUAGAGAGAUGGGGAGAGUGAAGCUUCAGAUUAAGAGGAUUGAGAACACAACAAAUAGGCAGGUCACUUUCUCAAAAAGGAGAAACGGACUUAUCAAAAAAGCUUAUGAACUUUCUGUUCUCUGCGAUGUUGAUGUAGCUCUCAUCAUGUUUUCCCCAUCAGGAAGACUCUGUCACUUUUCAGGAAACAAGAGCAUUGAAGAGAUUUUGAAACGGUAUGUUAAUCAUCCUGAGAAUGAGCGAGGAAGGCUGCACAACCAAGAGUAUCUCCGAAGGGUUCUUGGUAAGCUAAAGGGUGAAGCAGAUCGAACCUAUCAAGAAGCCAGCCCAGCGAGUAGUAAUUCUCAACUCGAGGAGAUUCAACAAGAAAUCCUUAGCUGUAAAUCCCAGUUGGAAGAUAUGGAGAACCGACUAAGAAUAUUUGAAGGAGAUCCUUUGGAAAUCACGACAUUGUACGAGGCUGAGGUUCGGGAGCAAAUACUUAAAGAAACUUUGAGACGUGUGCAUAUGCGCAAGCAAGUUUUGGAGGAAAGGUUCAGUUCUUCUGGAGCACCGCCGACUUCAGAGGUGCAAACGCCUUCAACGCUGGAUUGGCUUCCUGAAAAAGACCCACAAGUCCAGAUCCUGAAUUUUUUGGAUUCGAAUGGCCUUCUUCCGCUGAGAGGUCAGCCGCAACACGUCGUUGAAAUCUUACCGCCACCUCCGACGCUUCUUCAACACCGACAAAAUAUGAAUCGUGAUGAACAAAUCAGCCCGAGAAGUAGUGGUCUGCUGGUGGAUGACAAUAAUGUGCACCGUCCUGAUUUCGGGCAAGUUAUUGACGUCAACUUGUCAUCGUGGACUGAAAUUUAUCCGACAGGGAAUGACAACUUCCCAAGUGCACAGCCUAGAGGCCAAGCACUCCUUGAACUAUAUCUAUCUCAUAUCACACCAUCAACUAUCUUGACACCCGAUCAACAUCAAAAAUGAUAAAUGUUCUAUCUUUAUUUAUAGUUUUAGCACCACCUUUGAUGUUGGUACUGAUCAUGC